AGAGACACAUCAAACAUGUUGUGGUGGAUUUUCUUGCAGAUGUUGUACGCGGCAAGUCCGUACUCUGAUUCAGUGAUGUUUGCCGAUAUCGACCCGCAGCCCAUAAUCGAUGAAGAGGAGGGUCUGAUCUGGGUCGUGGGGCCUGUGCUGGCCGUCAUCUUCAUCAUCUGCAUCGUCAUCGCCAUCCUGCUGUACAAGAGCCGCUUCCACUGGAGCAGUCAACCAGACAGGAAAAGGGCAGAGUCAGAGGCCAGGAAAGGCAGUCUGCCCAGCGGUAAAGAAAUGCCCUCCCAUCACGCCACCGACCCUGUGGAGUUACGCCGUCUGAACUUCCAGACUCCCGGUUCAGCCACAUCGGUUUACCCCAGUAACCUCCAUUUGUCAAGGAUGGCCAGUCACCCUCCCAUCCCAGUCAUGGAGCUGGCCGAUCACAUCGAACGCCUGAAAGCAAACGACAACUUGAAGUUUUCGCAGGAGUAUGAGUCGGUCGAUCCCGGUCAGCAGUUCACGUGGGAGCACUCCAACCUGGAGGUCAACAAACCAAAGAACAGAUACGCAAACGUCAUCGCCUACGAUCACUCCAGAGUCCUGCUCUCCGCCAUCGAUGGUAUUCCAGGCAGCGAUUACAUCAAUGCAAACUACAUCGACGGCUACCGGAAGCAGAACGCUUACAUCGCCACUCAAGGCGCGCUGCCCGAGACCUUCGGCGAUUUCUGGCGGAUGAUCUGGGAGCAGCGGAGCUCAAACAUCGUCAUGAUGACCAAACUGGAGGAAAGAUCCAGGGUGAAGUGUGACCAGUACUGGCCCAACAGAGCGACGGAGACGUACGGACUCAUUCAGGUCACGCUGCUGGACACGGUGGAGCUGGCCACGUACUGCGUCCGGACGUUUGCACUUUACAAGAGCGGCUCCAGCGAGAAGCGAGAGGUGCGGCAGUUCCAGUUCACGGCGUGGCCGGAUCACGGCGUUCCGGAGCAUCCCACGCCGUUCCUGGCCUUCCUGCGCAGAGUCAAGUCCUGCAACCCACCGGACGCCGGACCCAUGGUGGUGCACUGCAGUGCCGGCGUGGGUCGGACCGGCUGCUUCAUCGUCAUCGACGCCAUGCUGGAGCGAAUCAAACACGAGAAGACGGUGGACAUCUACGGUCACGUGACGCUCAUGCGUGCACAGAGGAACUACAUGGUCCAGACGGAAGACCAGUAUGUCUUCAUUCACGACGCGCUCCAGGAGGCCGUCACCUGCGGCACCACCGAGGUUCCCGCCAGGAACCUGUACGCAUACAUCCAGAAACUCACGCAGAUCGAGUCCGGAGAGAACGUCACCGGGAUGGAGCUGGAGUUUAAGCGGUUAGCGAACACAAAAGCUCAAACCUCACGGUUCAUCAGUGCCAAUCUGCCCUGCAACAAAUUCAAGAACAGACUGGUUAACAUCAUGCCUUACGAGUCCACGCGCGUCUGUCUGCAGCCAAUCAGAGGAGUCGAGGGCUCCGACUACAUCAACGCCAGCUUCAUCGACGGAUACAGGUGAGCAGAAGAGCCCGGAUCUGACUCCAGUCA